CUGAGGGCAAAAAUGAGGUUCCUUUCUUUCCAUUUUGUGUGUGUGUGUGUGUAUGUUUUGUAAUUAGGUCAGAAAUCAGUCUACACAGGAACUUGUUACUGGAGCAGUAGAGACAAAAAUAAGGAAGAUUUCUUUUCUCAAACCAAAGACUUGCUAUGUCUUACCAUUACAACGAAGCCUUUGAAAAUCCAGCCUACCACUUCUCAGAAACACUGGAAGUUGAUAGGAGCAGGAAUUCUCAAGGGAAUCAGUUGUCUCACCAAAACCCCUACGAUUCUUUAUCAUAUAGUUAUCAAGGAGAGCACAGAGGAAGAAGACAAAAUUAUCCUCCAGCCAUACCAAUGGCUUCUCUGAGACACAGUUCUGAAUACAGUGAAAGUUUACCAAUGGCUUCUCUGAGACACAGCUCUGAAUACAGUGAAAGUUUACCAAUGGCUUCUCUGAGACACAGCUCUGAAUACAGUGAAAGUUUACCAAGAGUUGAAGUCCUGAGCAGAAGUCCAUCUGGAAGAUUCCAGGAUAAUCUUUCCUUUGAGCCCGAGCCAGAAUUGGCAUAUAGCCCACGUUCUGCCUUCAGUCCUCUGGAUGACCCUUAUACUCACAGAUUUUCCAGUGCAUCAGAAGAUAGCUUUGUUCGGAGACGCAACAGAAGGCCAUCUGACAUCAUGACAUUUUCAGCCCUGUCUCAAGCAACUCCAGAGUGCAGAGAAGAAGAAAAACUAAUUGAAAGUCUUACAAGCAUGUCCAAGCGCGAAAGGGUUAAAGCGAUCCAGAAAAUGCCAGAAACCAUGAAAAGAAAAAGAGAGAUCAGGAAUAAAGUUCUCAGAGAAAUAACAAAGAAAUCAGGGGGCCGUGGUACUCAGUGUGGCUGCUGUAAGCACUGUCUGCGCAGAGCAAAAGUGUCAUUUCGGCGAUUUAGAAAUACCUUGUCAGAAAAUUUACACCGACUGAAUUUCUGGCACAAGACUCUGAAGAUCAUUGGUGGAGAGUUUGGAACAAGUGUUCUUUCUUACUUUAUUUUCUUGAAAUGGCUGCUGAAUUUCAACAUCUUCUCAUUCCUCAUAAACUUUGGUUUCAUCACAAUCCCUCAGAUUGUUACAGCAGAACCAAAUAACCUUUCAUUCACGGGUCUGGAGCUGCUCACUGGAGCUGGUUAUUUUCAACAAACAGUACUCUACUAUGGCUUUUACACCAAUGCUACAAUCAGUCAAACGAAGAAUGGUGCAUCUUAUAACAUGCAGCUGGCCUAUAUUUUCACUGUUGGAAUAUAUUUUGUCAUCUGUUUGCUUAUCUUGGUGUUCAGCAUGGCAAAAUCCUUCUGCAGAAACUUUAUUAACCCUCAGAUGUACUCUGGCAAUGCAAGCAAACUUAUCUGCGCGUGGGACUUCAACAUAACUAAUGAAAAAGCUGUGAAGUUGCAACAAAAGAAUCUCAGCACACAGAUAAAGGAAGACCUUGCUGAAGGAAAUGAAGAAGCUCUAAAUUUUUCUGUAACAGAGAGAAUUGUUCGCAUUCUUAUCCAUCUUGGGACAUGGGCUGCUUCCCUGGGAACAGCAGUAGCUGCGUGUGCUGGUGUUUACUUCCUCUCCAUUAAUAAUCUAGAGCUCUUUAUGAAAGGGUAUAGAAAUGAACUGGAAGGCCAAGCUGCCACGUUGGUGCUACCCAUUAUUACAUCCCUCCUCAAUGUGUUCAUCCCAUUUUUCUACUCAUGGCUUGGAAACCUGGAGAAAUUUCAGAAUCCCAAAAGCAAGAUAUAUGUCACUAUUGCCAGAACUAUAAUCCUGAAAAUAUCCAUUGUUGGAAUACUGUGCUACUACUGGCUUAAUGUUGUGGCUGCAUCGGAGUCACAGUGCUGGGAAACACUGAUUGGCCAAGAUAUCUAUCGUCUUGUGUUGGUUGACUUCAUAUUUUGUUUGCUUGGCUCAUUCUUUGGAGAAUUUUUGCGAAGAAUUAUUGGAACUACAGUCUGUGUGAGCCUGGGGGUGCCAGAAUUUGAUAUUGGAAGAAGUGUUUUAGAUUUGAUCUAUGCUCAGACUUUGACCUGGAUCGGUAUUCUCUUCUCACCUCUGCUGCCUGGUAUCCAGAUGAUAUCGUUUUCUAUAGUAUUUUAUGUGAAAAAGGUCAGUCUGAUGAGGAAUUGCCAACCUCCUCGCAAAGCCUGGAGAGCUGCUCAAAUGACAACGUUCUUCAUGUUCCUUCUGUUUUUCCCUUCCCUCGUUGGAGUUGUGUCUGUCAUUGCAGUCACUGUCUGGAGGUUGAAACCUUCAAAAGAAUGUGGUCCUUUCCGAGGUCUGCCUUCUAUAUACACAGCAAUUUCUGAGUGGGUAAAAAUACUGGAAAACUACAUUGAUUCCAGAUGGGUAGCAUGGGUCUACUACAACUUAAUUACAAGUGAACUUUUCUUCUUCAUCCUCUCCACCCUUAUCCUAGUUAUUACUUACCUUUACUGGCAAAUAAUAAGAGGAAGAAGAACCAUGGCCAAGCUCUUAUGUGAGCAAAUUGUUAAUGAAGGAAAAGAUAAAAUGUUUUUACUUGAGAAACUACGGAUACUACAGAGAACAAAAAACAUGCUUGCACUGAGAAGACAAGACCAGCAGAGAAGUUCUUUAUCUCGCUCAUCCACGCCACCUGCCCAGCAAGAACCAAACUACCCAGAAAGGACAUUUGACAGAAAUCAAAAUGCAUCCUACAAAGAGUAUCCUUAUUCUGCUGGGAUCUCGAGGGGGGCUGGCUUCCCAUCUGAUUGGGAAACAUCGCAGCCAAGCAGCAGCUCAGGGAUGUCUGAGGCAGUGGCACUCGCUCUGCGUGCGAGGCAAGCAGCUCAGUGGGAAGAUUUAAAUGACAACAUCGAUUUUCGACCAUGAGCAGGCAGCAAUGGAUGCUGAGUAACCCAUGGAUGUUCUGCAGAAGGCAAUACUGAUUCACACGACUGAAAGAACCACUGUUUUUUUUUGGUUUUUUUUUCCCCUCUCGUGGAAGAGAAAAAAGAGGUUGCAAAAUGCGAGCUGAGCCAACUGAGCAUUGGUCAAAUACAGAGAAAAUAAAAUGAAAGCACAGUUGUUUUUAAUGACUGUGAUGUUUUAAUGGAUGCAAACUGACUUGUGUGAAUGAUUAUGUUACUCCUAUUGUAGUUGCCCUUCUCUGAGACAUUUAUGUAGGCUUUGUUUAACACCAGCUUGAUGAACUCUUAGAAAAAAAGAAAAAAAAAAAGAUUGCUUAUCAAAAUUCUCAUCUGUGUAAAACCACCCCUUAGAAACAAAAAGGUUGUGACAACUUGUCCAGUUUGGAAUAACACAACAAGGACUCUUCUCAAGUUUACUCUCACUUCUUUUUAUUCAUAGUCACAACUUUGCUAUGAUAAUAAGCUUUAGAUUUAAAAAAAAAAAAAGUAUUGUUUUUUUAGCCUGUCUUUUACUAGUGCAUGGUUUAUUUAUUUAUUCCUCCCUAGCUGCUUUGGGCAGAAGUGCCUACGAAAA